GCAAAAUGAAAUGUCAGAGACAGUUUGUUCUCCUGUGCUGCUCUAUGAGAUUAGAGUGGAUUACAUCAGCUAUAUUAUGUAAUAUAAAUUCAACUCAAUGAAAUGCAAAUGCCAGUAAAGGACCUGACCUCAGAAUAAAGGAAUAGACCUCAAGCAUUGUUGUGUGGAUGAUAUAACAGCAAGAUCACUAUGACAACAAUUACAGACAUGUAUACACAUGAAGGUGCAGACAAAAACAAAAACAAAGCACUCGUACGCUCGGAUUCGAUGUCAGGUCAAGCUGUAAUUCUGUAAUUGCUCAGUUUAUAGUCAAGUUCUGUUCUAGGAACGAGCAAAGCAGCGAGGUGGCUAAUCUAAGCGACGUCUAAUUUCUAUUUUCAUAUGCAGCAACAUUCACCGGUGAUUCACGGGAACAGAUUUGCAUGCUGUGUCUUUUUAUUUCUUCAGUCAGGACCCUGAAUGUGUCAUUCUGCUCUGAAGCUGGGAGGAAUGCAACAGUGCCCUUCUCCGCCGGGCCUCUGCAACCAUGUUUGGAUCUGCUGAUCUGAAGCUGUGUGGCACAGCCCUCCUGCUGGUCCUGGGAGUGCUCGCCAACGUCUUCAACCUCGUGGUCAUGCUGGUGCGGCAGUGGAGGUCCGGAGUUGUGAAAACCGUGGCCGUCAUCAUCUGCUUCAUCUCGCUGGGCAACGUCCUGCUGCAGAUCUCCACCUUCGUCCUCGUGGCCUCGGUCUGGGCCGGGGUGCUCUGCUGGCCGGACUUACCUUUCUUCUUCUGCGUUGUCCUGUUCGUGUGGCUCAGCAGCAGCUCCGUCAGUUUCUGGUCUGUCGCCUGGCUGAGCGUCCUCUACUGCAUGAGGGUUCUGAGCUUCUCCUCAGCUCUGUUCAGAGCGCUCAAGCAGAACAUCUCGGCCAUCCUGAACGUCACCCUGGUGGUGACCUUACUGACCUCCUGUGUGAUCUUCACCCCGUUCUUCUACCUCCACUUCCAAAGCAAAACUCUUGCUCCAAAAAACACCACAGAAAAAGCUGCUUGUAUGAUCAGGAAGCCUCUGUUUCCUGCCUGGAUUGACGUCAAUGCUUAUGUGAUCAUCUUCAUCUGCUACCUCGCCCUGUUGCCCAUGACGAUCAUGCUCCCAACCUCACUGAGGCUGGUCGUCUUCCUCUGCAAACACACCUCGUCCAUGCAGAGGAAGCAGAUCGGUUCUCACGCUGCGGAGUCGUACCUGCUCGUCUGCAGGCUCACGGUGGCUCUGGUCUGGGUUUACCUCACCACGCUGCUCACCAUCUCCCUCUACUACUUCCACGCCAUCUUUGCUUCGGGGCUGAGCGCGGACAUGCUCUUCCUCGGCCUGUCGUUUUAUUGCGCGGCCUCGGCGAUCCUCCUCACCUGCUCCAACAAAAACCUGAGAGAGAGGCUCAGAGUGCUGCUCUGCAGGGGAAGGAACACAAACACACUGGUCAGGAGCGCCGAAGAAAAGAGUGGAGUCACAGCAACAGUUUGACUGAGCUUUACUUCAGUAACAAAUACAGGAUCCUGCAGUUAUCUUCACACUCUAC